AUUGUCUAUCAAUGAAGUAGUAAAAGGGGGGAACGGUUGAAGUCCUAGAGGGAGGAGAAGGCUUUGAGAGAGAUUUAGCAUAGUGGGGUUCCCCUUCUUUUAGUUACUGAAUUCAAAAAAAAGGCGACCAACAUGAAAUUCAUCAUUGGCAUUGGAGGAGUGACCAACGGUGGCAAGACCACCCUGACUAACAGACUGCUUAGGGCGUUGCCCAACUGCUGUGUUGUGCAUCAGGAUGACUUUUUCAAGAAACCCGAUCAAAUAGAAGUCGGGGAGGACGGCUUUAGACAGUGGGAUGUCAUCUCUGCCCUGGACAUGGAGGCCAUGGUCAGCACGGUGAAAGGCUGGCAGGAGAACCCGGUCAAGUUUGCCCGCUCCCAUGGCGUCAGCCUGUCACCCGAAGCCGAGGAAUGCAGCUCGGACCAGAAUGGGAUCCAUAUUCUCAUCGUGGAGGGCUUCCUCAUCUACAACUACAAGCCUCUCAUCGACAUCUACGACAGGUGUUUCUACAUUUCCCUUCCUUAUGAGGAGUGCAAGACAAGGAGAAGUACGAGAAUGUACACCGUUCCCGAUCCUCCCGGUCUGUUCGAUGGCCACGUCUGGCCCAUGUAUCUGAAGCACCGCAAACAAAUGGAGAGCCAGUGUGACAGAAUAGAUUACCUCGAUGGAAUGAUGGCGAAAGACGACAUUUACUCUGUCGUGUUUGAGAGCAUCCAGAAUGCCCUUCUCAACAACUCAUAGCAGGACACCGGCCGGGAGGAUCUUGUGUAUAGAUAAUGUAAAUAACGAUGACCAUGUACGCCUUGUAUGAUGUGUAAAUAGUUGUGCUGAGCAGCACACAUCGUUUUUUGUAUCAUUGUCCCGAAAAGAUAAAAAGCCACCCGCGCUUCGGCCCGGGUUGAAUGAACAUCACAAUCACAUAAAGUCAACAAAAGAAUACA